GCCAAAUUGGGGCGGUUAGCAAGCCAUGGACUUUGCUCUUCUACCCAUCUCCAAGGAUUCCUUGGAAUGGCAGUGCAGCAUCUUGAAGCUUGGAGGUCUUACUGUCUUGCUCAACUGUGGCUGGACAGAAUCGCUUGACCCAAAGCUACUGACACCGCUGAUUCCUCACUUGCAAGAGUUGGACUUGAUUGUCUUGACUCAUGCUGAUGUGCGGCAUUUGGGUGCGUUGCCGUACGUGUUGAGCAAAUAUCCAGUUUCUUGCCCAGUGGUGUGCACUGAACCAGUCUGCCGUUUGGGCGAGUUGAGCUGCGUGGCUUGCUUGGAAGACCGAGAGAAGUACCGUGAGGCAUCUGAGGCGUAUGAGGUUGAUGAUGUGCUGCGAAUUUUCAUGUCAAGAUUGACGACGCUGAAGUACAGAGAAACAUUUAGGAUCUCUGUGAAUGGACGCGUGUUGGCAGCCUGUCCAUAUCCAGCUGGAUCUCAUUUGGGAAGCGCCUUCUGGACCCUUCACUGUGGCAGCUUGUCUGCAGUGUACCUUGUGGAUGGUACAAUGAGACAAGGGAGAUAUUUGGAUGGUCUAGAAGUACAGCGUCUUCGACCUGUUUGCACAGGCGCGGCUCAACGUUGGGAUGUGCUGGUAACUGCCCCUGUCCCGUCUAUGGGCCUGGCUCUGCCACAGGGAGCUCAUCAGAAAGCGAAACCAUCCACAUCGAAGGCAAUUUCAGCAGCCCGGACAGUACGAGAACAAUGCUUUUUGGAGGAGACCAUAAGCACCCUUCGAAAGGGCGGCAGUGUCCUCAUUCCUGCUGAUGUGGCAGGGUGGAUCCCAGAGGCAUUGCUCCUUUUCGAAGCUGCUUGGGGACAGGACCGGCAACUCAAUACCUAUCCUAUUUGCUGGCUCUCUUCUGUUGGAGACAUGGUCUUGGACCAGGUGAAGACCCGCCUGGAGUACAUGGGGCAUGAAGUGCUAGAAGCCUUUGAGUCGCGGAUUGGUCAUCAUCCUUUCGUACUGAAAAGUAUCCGCAUCUUCCAGAGCCUCGAAGAGCUAAUCGCCGCCCAUCCACUGAACCGCCCGAAGGUGAUAUUCACUACAUCUCAGCACUUGGAAGGAGGCGAUGCACGAGAGCUUUUCUUCCGGCUCUCAGCAGAGCCCAAGACGCUGCUGUGGCUCUUGGGUGUGGCACCUGGUGGUACACUAGCGCGACAGCUGCUAGAAGACUUUGUCCUUAACCAAUGUGUGCGAAAAGAGUACCGCUUGCACCAACACAUGAAAUCUGCUCUGCCGGAUGAAGAACUCCGUGCAUUGUAUGAGAAGAUGCAGGAGCAGGUCUCCGAGCCUGCACCCCCGCCUGAAAUCGCUGUGGCGAUGAAGGCAGAAGAUAUCUUGCAGGUGAAAGGAGAGGACAGCGCUGCAAGCAAAGCUGCAAAGGAAGAAGAGGCAAAACCCGAGGUCAAGGUUGAAGCCAAGGCAAAGGAAGAGCUCAAGGACAGCAAGGAGUUCAAAGAAACCAAGGAUGUCGCCGCUGUGAACACCAGCGGACCAAGUGGACCAGGUGGAGCAAGUGGACCGAAGGGCAAUGCCUUGUGGAGCCCAUUGGGUUGGCCCAACAGUCGCACUGCAGCAUUCCAAGAGCAACGUGCUGAGAGUGAUCAGUAUGGGCAAGUUCUAAGCGCUGCUGAAGUGCGCCUCUGGAAGGCUCAGGACCAAGAGGGCAACAAAUACAGCAAUCCGUCAAUGGCAGAAGGAGGACGAGCAUCUAGCAUUCCACUGUCCAGUGGAAUGGAGGCCAUGAAGGAAGAAAAUCUCGAAUGGCGUGAAAGCCUACGUGAGCACUUCCGUGAGCCAAUGCAUUGUGAGGUGCGCGAACGGAUUGUGAAAGUGAACUGCAAAAUACGGUUUUUGCCGGACAACACGUUCGAAGCGACGGACUUGACAAACCUUCUGCAGCUGGCCUCACCCAGGCACGUGGUGCUACUUCCCAGCCGAGGGAAUUCCAGCACUGGAGACAUGCUGAAGGCAUAUUUUGAGUUUUCGAAGCAGCCGGAUCUGAAUCGGCCUGCGCCGGAGGUUCACAUCUUGCGUCCCAAGGACUUUCCAUUGCAGCUGUCAUUGAGGUCAAGCAAAAGGAAGCUGCAGAUUUCUAAUGAUAUGUGGCCGCAGAUAAGUUACAUGAAGUCUGCAGAUGGUAUUCGAGUAGCGCGUUUGCGCGGAUCUGCAGAUGCGGCAAAACCAGAACUGGGACCUUUAGAGGUUGACCUGGAAGAGACAUCGCCCCCGAAGCUUCCGAGACAAGGAGCGCUCUUUCUGGGCAUGGGGCAAGAUGCCUUACAUCUCAGCGCUCUAAAGGAGUCCCUAUUGGGAGCCGAGUGGUCCGCUGAUGUGGAACUGGCUUUCCGCCCCCCUGCUGGACAACGGCCCUGGAGUUCACGAAUCCUUUCUGUGGGAAAGGCUGCAAUGGGCUUCAAGGAUGUACCAGGACGAGGUGCAGCGCCGCUGCGCCUGGAAGGAAUGCCUAGUGAGGAGUUCUUCUUAGCUCGGGCUGCCCUGUACAAGCGCUGCGCAGUUGUGUGAAAAAACAUUUCGCUGCCAGAUUGGUUCAACUUUUCUGUCACAGACGUUUGUGUGUUAUGGGGUUUUAUGGUGUUUUGCUAUGCACGUCUGGUCGAGCUUGGCCGCAGAAGAUACUGUUGGUCAGGGGUAUGGUAACGCGUGCAAGAAAAUGCAAAAGGGCUCACAGAUACAGAGGGAGGCCCUCAGCUACCUCCUUCUCACAAACUCGAGCGGACAGAAACAUUGA